AUGACUACUCCGAUAGUCUUCUUUUUGCCCGUCCUUUUUACUCUCUUGAUUGUACAUAGUGCCCCGGUUGAGGCUCAGAACAUCCAACGUGAAUCCAAGUCGGCUGCGCCUCCAACACUGGACAAACCAUUGCUCGCAAUCCAAAUUGGAAGCAUUGUGGGAGCCUAUGUGAUCUUUGUCGCUCUCCUUCUAGCUCUACUUAUCUUCGUUGGACGUCGUCUGCGUCGGACAGUUCAAUCCUCCAACUAUACGCUGCAUAUGGAAAUUCUGAAGCCUGUCAGACCGCCUGCCAGCAUGGAUCCCAGCCCAGUCUCUCCAAUGUCGCACAACCUCCCCAGUCCAAAGUCCAGUGGAUUCAAGUCCUGGGGAUCAUUGAACAGGAGUGCCAGGCCCUCCCAACCAUCCAUGAACGGCAGUAUGGUGACCAUUGACGAGUCCAUCGUCGCAAACGACCGACAACGAGCCCAGCAUGAUAUGGAGAUGCUCUAUGCAGCAGUCAUGGAACAUGACGCUCAAAAAGCCUCUGGAGUUGAUCUGUCCGUCCGUGAACAAGAUCUCCAAGCACAAUCACCAGACAGCCAACUCACAAACCCAUUCACUGACCGUGCCUCCCACGUCUCAGAUAACUCAUUGGCACCAUUGGCACCAUUGAAGUCCCCCACCAAGGGAUUCAACAGCUCGCGCUUGUCGAAGCUCUUCAACUCAGGCUCGCGCGCCAACCCAGACUCAAGCAAAGUGCGCUCGCCGCGUCUGGCUAUCCGCAAAAUGCCCAUUUCCUCUCCACUAGCCUCGCCAGCAGUGGCCUCGCCUCAGGCGGCCUAUAUGCAUGAAAACCCGCCUCUUUCCCCACGGAUUUAUAACCCUGGUCCUCCGCCAGUGGUGCCGCGGCUGCAGGCGAGCGAGGCAAUUAAGCCCGCUCCCGGGCGUGCCCGUCCACCGGCGCCUCUAACCCUGAAUACUCCCUCGCCUUCUUCCUCCAUUCCAUCCAACCUUCCUUUCCGUGAGGCGUACCCGCCGCAAAGUGCCCCGGCUACCAAGACUACUAUCUUGGAACGGCCUGUGAAGAACCGGGCGGGUCCCGUUACGGGAAUGGCUACGCCUUAUAGUCCGUACAUGCCGUUUACUCCCGUGACGCCCUUUACCCCCGGGCGCACGGUGACAAAACGACAACGGAAGCGGGAGGAGCGUGGGAAUGGACUGCAAGUAUUGAACGAAGAUGAUUUAGUCAAGGACGAUGAUGAUAUCUGGGGAUGA